CGCGUCCUCCGUUGUCUGCCCGAAAUCUUCUUCCUAAAGGCUCUCGAAGCCCCCUCUUCUCCCCUUGCCAUGGCCAAUCCGACCUCCUAUGAGCACAACAUGGCCCUCGAGCUCCAAGAUGGCCACGUCUGCUUCGGCCAGAGCUUUGGUGCUGACAAGAGCAUUGCGGGAGAACUUGUCUUCCAGACAGGUAUGGUGGGCUACCCAGAGUCAAUAACCGAUCCCUCCUAUCGAGGGCAGAUCCUCGUCAUAACCUUUCCUCUGGUGGGCAACUAUGGCGUGCCGUCGAGAGAGGAGAGGGACAGCUUGCUCAAAGACCUACCAGCCUAUUUCGAAGCGGAACAGAUUCACAUUGCUGGUCUGGUCGUAGCGUCCUAUUCGGGAGAGGACUACUCGCAUCAUCUCGCCACUUCCUCAUUGGGAGCAUGGCUGAAAGAGCAGGGUGUACCCGCCAUCACAGGCGUUGACACACGAGCCCUAACAAAGCGUAUCCGAAAAGAAGGAAGCAUGCUCGGUCGCUUGCUGACAAGGUCGUCAUCCCCGACCCCCCUCGCCCCCCGCCUUACCAAUGGAGAAGUCGACACUAAAACCGUGGCCAACGGUGACGUCCCAGAGCAGAAUUGGAGGAGUGAAUUUGAGCAAAUCGCAUGGCUAGACCCCAACAAGAAGAAUCUCGUUGCAGAAGUGUCGAUAAAGGCCCCAAAGAUCUACUCCCCAACCUCGUCCGCCGCACUUAAGCAUCCCUCUGGUCGCCCUGUCCGAGUAGUAUGUGUAGAUGUUGGGCUAAAGUACAACCAACUACGAUGCCUUGUCAAGAGGGGUGUCGAGGUCCAGGUCGUUCCCUGGGACUACGACUUCCCCCAGCUCGCAGGCACCGAGUACGACGGCCUGUUCAUCUCGAACGGCCCGGGUGACCCUGCCGUGAUGGGAGCUACAGUGGCGCAUAUUAAGACAGCCAUAAACGAAGCUAAAACCCCUAUAUUCGGGAUUUGUCUGGGACACCAAUUACUGGCUCGAGCUGCUGGCGCAGAUACUGUGAAAAUGAAGUUCGGCAACCGCGGCCACAACAUUCCAUGCACCAAUAUGAUCUCUGGGCGAUGUCACAUCACAUCUCAGAACCACGGUUAUGCAGUGGAUGCGAAGACUCUGCCACAGAAAUGGGAAGAACUCUUCGUGAACGCAAAUGAUGGCAGUAACGAGGGCAUUCGACACACCAACCGACCCUACUUCAGCGUUCAGUUCCAUCCUGAACACACCCCUGGACCGCGUGACACCGAGUACUUGUUCAAUGUCUUUAUUGAUACUAUCAAGACGGCAAUUGAAUCACCUGAGGCACUGUCAAUGGCAGUUCAAUUCCCGGGAGGUACGGCUGAAGAGAAUAAGAAAUUAGCUCCUCGUGUGAACGUUAAGAAAGUCCUCGUGCUUGGUAGUGGCGGCUUGAGCAUUGGGCAAGCCGGAGAAUUUGACUACUCAGGAAGUCAAGCCAUCAAGGCUUUGAAAGAAGAAGGGAUCUAUACAAUUCUGAUCAACCCUAACAUCGCUACUAUCCAAACAUCAAAGGGACUUGCUGAUAAAGUCUAUUUCCUCCCCGUCACUACUGAAUUCGUCCGGAAAAUCAUUCUGAAAGAACGACCGGAUGGCAUUUACGUCACUUUCGGAGGCCAGACGGCUCUCCAGGUUGGUAUUCAGCUCAAGGAUGAAUUCAGAGAACUAGGCGUCGAAGUCCUUGGCACACCCAUCAGCACUAUAAUUACUACGGAAGAUCGAGAGCUCUUCGCCCGUAGCAUGGAGUCUAUUGGCGAGAAAUGUGCCAAAUCCGCUUCCGCAAGUUCUCUCGAAGAGGCCAAACGCGUGGUGAAAGACAUUGGCUUUCCUGUCAUUGUUCGAGCUGCUUAUGCCCUCGGUGGCCUCGGCAGCGGAUUCGCCGAGGACGAGGCCCAACUGCUUGACCUGUGCAAUAAAGCAUUUGCAGCCAGCCCCCAAGUACUCAUUGAGCGAAGUAUGAAGGGAUGGAAAGAGAUCGAGUAUGAAGUGGUGAGAGAUGCCCGCGACAACUGCAUCACGGUCUGUAACAUGGAGAAUUUUGAUCCCCUGGGCAUCCAUACAGGCGACUCUAUCGUUGUGGCUCCUUCACAGACGCUUUCUGACGAGGACUAUAACAUGCUGAGGACUACGGCUGUUAAUGUCAUCAGACAUCUUGGGGUGGUUGGAGAAUGCAACAUCCAAUAUGCUUUGAACCCUUUUUCUAGGGAAUACUGCAUUAUUGAGGUAAAUGCUCGUCUAUCCCGUUCAUCUGCGUUAGCAUCCAAGGCUACAGGCUAUCCUUUAGCUUUUGUUGCUGCGAAACUUGGACUGGGCAUUCCUCUUAAUGAGAUCUCUAAUUCGGUCACUCGAGUAACUUGCGCUUGCUUCGAGCCGUCGCUUGAUUACGUGGUCGUCAAGAUCCCGCGGUGGGAUCUAAAGAAGUUCCUUCGCGUUUCCACUUUACUAGGAUCUUCAAUGAAGAGUGUUGGUGAGGUAAUGUCUAUUGGUAGGACAUUUGAAGAGGCUAUCCAAAAGGCUAUACGGGCUAUUGACUUGAACAAUCUCGGAUUCAACGAGACCGCUGCUUUGAUGAAGAUCGACCAAGAGCUGCAGACGCCUUCGGACCAGCGACUAUUUGCUAUUGCAAAUGCUAUGAAGGCCGGGUACAGCGUCGACAAGAUAUGGGAGAUGACUAAGAUUGACAAAUGGUUCUUGAGCCGUCUCAAGGGUCUUAGUGAAUUCGAGAAGCUCAUGUCCACCUACAACACCGUAACCAUUACGACACCAUUGAUGAAACAAGCCAAAGAACUCGGUUACUCAGACCGCCAACUUGCCAAAUUCUGGGGUUCGAAUGAACUUGCUGUGCGCCGAGCCAGAGUUGAUGCUGGCAUCUACCCAGUUGUCAAGCAGAUCGACACCGUUGCCGCCGAAUUCCCGGCAGUGACGAAUUACCUUUACUUAACUUACAACGGCGCCGAGCACGACAUUACCUUUAAUGAUCGAGGCAUCAUGGUCCUAGGUUCUGGAGUCUAUCGAAUUGGGUCGUCCGUCGAGUUUGACUGGUGCUCUGUGCGAGCUAUCAGGACUCUACGCGAACAAGGAUUCAAGACCGUCAUGGUCAAUUACAAUCCAGAGACUGUGAGUACAGAUUACGACGAAGCUGAUCGAUUGUACUUCGAGAACAUAAGCCUAGAAACUGUAUUAGACAUUUAUACCAUGGAAAGCUCUAGUGGAGUUAUUAUCUCGAUGGGUGGACAAACACCAAACAACAUUGCCCUUCCCCUCCACCGAAUGAACGUUAAAAUCUUAGGUACUUCUCCUGAGAUGAUCGACACGGCUGAGAAUCGCUACAAGUUCUCUCGAAUGUUGGACCGCAUUUCAGUCGACCAGCCUGCGUGGAAAGAACUCACAAGCAUAGAAGAGGCGACAGAAUUUUGCGCAAAAGUAUCCUACCCUGUUCUCGUUCGCCCAUCCUACGUUUUAUCAGGGGCAGCUAUGAACACGGUGUACUCUCAGGAUGACCUGGCCGCCUAUCUCAAGCAAGCUGCCGACGUCUCCAGGGAGCAUCCGGUCGUGAUCACGAAGUAUAUCGAGAAUGCCAAGGAGAUUGAGAUGGAUGCUGUAGCACGAAAUGGGACGAUGAUUGGUCAUUUCAUCUCGGAACACGUAGAAAAUGCUGGUGUUCAUUCCGGAGACGCGACACUGAUUCUUCCACCACAGGACUUGGAUCCCGAAACAGUACGGAGAAUUGAAGACGCCACUCGCAAGAUUGGUAACGCACUCAAUGUAACAGGCCCGUUCAACAUCCAAUUUAUCGCAAAAGACAAUGAGAUAAAGGUCAUUGAGUGCAAUGUGCGGGCCUCGAGGUCUUUCCCCUUCGUCUCAAAGGUCAUGGGCGUUGAUCUCAUCGAAAUGGCAACAAAAGCCAUGGCAGGUCUUCCCCUUGUAGAGUACCCCACUGUCACCAUCCCCGCGGACUAUGUCGGAGUUAAGGUUCCCCAAUUCUCCUUUUCGCGACUGUCUGGAGCGGACCCAGUUCUCGGCGUUGAGAUGGCUUCCACUGGCGAAGUGGCGUGUUUUGGUCGGACAAAGUACGAAGCUUACAUCAAGGCCCUUAUCUCCACUGGAUUCAAGCUUCCUAACAAGAACAUCCUUCUGUCUAUUGGUUCUUUUAAGGAUAAACUGGAGAUGCUGCCCUCUAUAGAGCGCCUCCACAAGAUGGGCUUCAACCUAUUCGCUACAGCUGGCACAGCAGACUACAUUCAAGAGCAUGGCAUCCCAGUGAAGUUCCUAGAAGUGCUUGCUAGAGGCCAAGACCAAGAUGAACAGAAACCAGAGUACUCAUUGACACAACAUCUUUCUAACAAUCUCAUUGAUCUCUACAUCAACUUACCUUCAAGCAACCGGUUCCGAAGGCCCGCAAACUACAUGAGUAGGGGUUACCAAACAAGGCGGAUGGCGGUGGACUACCAGACCCCAUUAGUCACUAACGUCAAGAACGCUAAAUUACUCAUUGAGGCGUUAUCCCGACACUAUGACCUUGAAAUUAGUAAAGUUGAUUUCCAGGAGUUUUUCCCUGCACCUGGCGCUCAAAGCGAACAAUUGUCUCUUCAAAUGUCUAGGCUGAACGGGUCACCAUCUCUGGCUCAACUACUGGCGAAUUCGCCUUUCAAGAGAAAGCAUAUCGUUUCUGUCAAACAGUUCACCCGUUCUGAGCUUCAUCUCCUCUUUACCAUUGCCCAAGAAAUGCGACUUGGAGCUCAGCGGGAGGGUUGUCUCGAUAUUCUUAAGGGAAGGGUUCUAUGCACUAUGUUCUUCGAGCCAUCCACCCGCACAUCUGCCUCCUUCGAUGCCGCGAUGAAGCGUCUAGGGGGUCAAGUCGUGGUGGUCAACGAGACGGUAUCCUCGACGCAAAAAGGCGAAUCGAUUGCCGACACCAUCCGCACCCUUGGCUGCUAUGGAGAUGCCAUAGUUCUUCGCCAUCCAUCUGAUGACUCGAUAGAUACCGCGACGAAGUUCUCGGACGUACCAGUCAUCAAUGCUGGGAACGGCAGCCGCGAACACCCAACGCAAGCACUACUGGAUAUCUUCACCAUCCGCGAGGAAUUGGGAACUGUCAACGGACUCACAAUUACGUUCGUCGGUGAUUUGAAGUACGGUCGCACAGUGCAUUCGCUCUGCGAACUCCUGAAGCAUUACGAUGUCACUGUCCAACUCGUCUCCCCCACUUCACUAUCCAUACCUGAGUCAGUGCGCGAUGCACUGAAAUCCCGCGGUCAAUUGUCAUUGGAGACGAACGAUCUUACAUCUGAAGUCAUUGCUGAGUCGGACGUGCUGUACUGUACUCGGGUUCAGAGAGAGCGGUUCUCCGAUCUCGCGCAUUACGAAGCGGUCAAAGAUGCUUUUGUCAUUGAUAACAAGGUGAUGAAGAGUGCCAAGGCGAACAUGGUGAUUAUGCAUCCCCUGCCCAGGAACAAUGAGAUCCAUGAGGAGGUGGACUUUGAUCCAAGAGCCGCGUACUUCAGACAGAUGAAAUAUGGCUUGUAUACCCGCAUGGCGCUUCUGGCAUUGGUCAUGGCUUCCUGA